CAAAUAUUCGAUAAAUACAUCCAUCCCUCCCCCAUCGCCCAUUCGACUGUCCAGACCCUCUCGCUAUCAAUUGACACUACAAACAAGCUAAUUCCAUCUCAAAGAACAACUCCCAACAUGUCCAGCACCAUCGACACCUCCGCCGGCAACAAGCCCCUCGACCCCUACACAGCAAAGUCCCACGAGGACCCUCCCCUCCCCCAGAAGGUCGAGGACCUCGUCACCUUCAUCUCCGACUCCAAGUUCGGCAUGCUCACCACCAAGUCCUCCUCCGAUGAUCUCCUCACAUCCCGCUGCAUGGCGCUGGCCGGAAAGGAGCACGGCGGCAUCGACCUGGUCUUCCACACCAACCUCUUCUCGCACAAGACCAUGGACCUGACCACCCACCCCAAGGAGGUCAACAUGUCCUUCCUCGACCCGAUCAGCGGCUCCUGGGCCUCCAUCUCCGGCACCGCCUCCAUCAUCUCCGACCGCGACGUGGUCAAGAAGUACUACUCGCCCGCCCUGCAGGCUUGGCUGGGCGACCUGGGCGACGGCGUGCACGACGGCGGCCCCGAGGACCCCCGCAUCGGCGUCAUCAAGCUCGAGGCGGCCACGGCCCAUUAUGCGCUGGCUCGCAAGGGGAUGCUCUCUCGCGCCGUCGAGACCGUCAAGAGCGUGGCCACCGGAAACGUGCCCGCUAUCAACAGUAUCCGCGAGUUGAGUCGGUCUGAAUUGGAGGAGUGGCGCCGUACGCACGCGAACGAGUAAACGAUAAGCGGCUCCUUAUAUUACCGCGGCAUCAUGCUCGUCGAAACCCGCUCUCGAGCUGUGAAUUGAGAAGAAUGCUAUGAUUUGAUGACCCUGAUGACAUAUCUGCUGGAUAGCAUGUCACUAGUAUUAAAUUCGUAUUAAUCUGCAAAUGAGACAAGUGCUCUGAAGUGGAUUUCAGAAGUGUAAGCUAAAGAGGCCGGGUGCAUAAAACA